AUGCAACUUCCGCAUUCUUCGGCAGCGUACGUGCUGGCAGCUGAGCUCACGUGGACGGGCAACAAGUUCGAGCCCAACGUGCACGUACACGUGGGCCAAGACGGCGUCAUCGAGUCGGUCAGACGCGUGACAGACGCCACGGACGUCGAGGCAGCGGCGGUGUUCCAGCUCCCCGGCCGCGCUCUGUUGCCGGGGAUGGUGAACGCCCACUCGCACGCGUUCCAGCGCGGUCUGCGCGGACGUGGCGAGACGUACAUGAAGAGCGCGGCGCACAGCAGCUUCUGGACGUGGCGCGAGGAGAUGUACGCGCUCGUGCGCGACAUGAACGAGCAACAGAUGUACGACCUCACGCGCCAAUGCUUUUCGGAAAUGCGCGACGUCGGCGUCACGAGCGUCGGCGAGUUCCACUACUUGCACCACGGGCGGCCGGGCGAAGGGCAGGACGGACACGAGUUCGCCUACGACGAGACGGUGCUGCGGGCGGCGAAGGACGUGGGCAUCCGCAUCGUGCUCUUGAACGCGUACUACGAGCACGGCGGCUUUCAGCGGGCGCCGCUGGUGGACCCGCAGACGCGCUUCCAGGUGGACUCGCAAGCGACGUACUGGCGCCAGAUGGACGCACUGCAGGCGAAGCUGUCGGACGUUUCGACCCAAUCGCUCGGCGUCGUCGCGCACUCGAUGCGCGCCGUGGAGACGCCGGACAUUGUCAAGUUGCACGAAGAAUCUGUGCGCCGUGGAUUGGUGUUCCACAUGCACUUGGAGGAACAGGAGCGAGAGGUGGACGACUGCAAAGCCGCAAACGACGGGGAGACACCGAUGGGUCUCCUGUUGAAGCACGUGCAGAUUGACGAGAAGUUUACGGCGGUGCAUUGCACAUGGACCGACGCGGCAGAGUUGAAGCAGUUUGUCGAGAAGAAGGGCAACGUGUGCCUCUGUCCUCUCACUGAGGGAAACCUUGGAGACGGGUUUCCGUUCAUCGCGGGUUGCUCUGACCGUGUGUGCCUAGGAACAGACUGCAAUGCUCGUGUUGAUAUGUGCGAAGAGAUGCGCUGGCUAGAAUACGCGCACCGUUUGCACGAGGGCAGACGAGGUGUUUGCACCGACGCUACGUCAGAGACUGACCUAGCCGCACUACUCUUCCGCUAUGCGACCAAGAAUGGUGCUAAAUCACUUAACUUGCGAGUGGGCGAAAUCAGAGAGGGAUACGCGGCUGACUUUGCGUUGGUCGAUAUGGAUGAGGAGCAGCUAAAGUUCGCGACUUCAUCUUCACUGAUGGGCGCCUUCGUCUUUGGAGCGAAUGGCUCUAACGUGGUGAAGGCAACGUCUGUAAACGGCAAAUGGCGCGAGACGGUGCCACAAAAGGUUCACGAACAGAUAUCCGCUGCUGUAAAUGACGGAUCCAUUGCCGCAUGUGUUUCUGAUGAGCAGCAGAUCCAGAUCAAGGCCGCUGCUGCACUGGCGGACGCCAAUAGUGACGACAUUGUAAAGCUUGCGAUUGGCCUGAACAGCAUCGUUUCUACUUCCGGCGAAGAAGCCGCAGUGGGACAGGCCAUCGGUAACUGGCUGACUGCUCGGGGUUGGCGGGUGCACAUGCAAAGGGUUCCUCCACAGCUCGAUGCCGUGGUGAAGGCGGACAGAUUCAACGUGUAUGCUACUCGAACCAACAGCAGCACACCACGCCUUUUGUUUAACUCUCACAUGGAUACCGUUCCGCCGUUCCUUCCGCCUCGGAUCGAUGGCACGACGCUGUAUGGCCGUGGUGCUUGUGAUGCGAAAAGCCUGAUUGCAGGCCAGUUGAUCGCAGCACAGAAGCUUGUCGAUGUUGGCUUGGGGGACGAAGUUCAGCUUUUGUUUGUCGUGUCUGAAGAAACCGACCACAGCGGCAUGAAGAAGGCGAACGAGCUGAACGUGAAUCCAGCUCACAUGGUUGUUGGCGAACCUACCAAUCUGAAGAUGUCAAAAAUGCAAAAGGGUAUUCUUAAACUUCAGCUGACGCGCGAGGGUGUUGCUGCACACAGUGGAUACCCCCACUUGGGCAGCUCAGCCAUUGAACCGAUGAUCGACGUUCUCUACGACUUAAAAAAGGAAAAUUGGCCCACGAGCGACGAGUUUGGCAGCACGGACCUCAACAUCGGGUUACUGAAAGGCGGGCAAGCAGCGAACGCUUUGGCGGAACAGUCUUCAGCGAUGCUGAUGUUCCGUUUGGUGACUGAUCCCGACGUCAUCUACAAGCGUGUCGAGGAAAUCGUGAACGGACGCGUGGAUAUGAAACUAUACACGGCUAACGCUCCGGUCCACUUGACUACCGUGGAGGGUUACGACACCGACAUCGCUUGCUUCAAUACUGACAUACCUUACCUGGACUUUGACGGCAAGGCCUACCUGCUCGGCGCCGGCAGCAUCGUAAACGCGCACUGUUCUCGUGAGUGCAUCCUUCUGGAUGAUCUGAAGGCCGUGGUCGACUGCUAUUUUACCUUGGGCAAGCGGUUGAUUGAAAGCGGCGAGUAA